AUGCCUCGAUCAAAGGAGCAUUCAGGCCAGCACGUUUCAAAUGACGCAGAUUUUCAGUGGAUCAAUCUUACGCAGCCUGACGAGGCCAAACAGUAUCACAGAAGAAUUAGAGCUCAUGUGACGCGAUUGCAACAUCGUCAGACUAGGGAUCGAAAUCGUCAAAAUGCUCUGCUCAAACCGGGCAAAUCGAGUAGUUCGACACCUAGCGGCGGAACACCUGAGCCGUGCCUUGGGACUACAGCAUUCAGAGAGGGAUUUCCCAGUGGCACGACGAGCAUAGCAGCUGAGGACGCUGUCGACUCGGUUACUCCGAACCCUGCUCGUCAAAACCUCAUGGACGAGUUUAACGAGGAGCAGCAGGGCAUCGUGCAUUCAAACACCGCACCUUUGAUGUCAGUCUCGGAACCAUCAGAGCCAGUAGAGGAUGUCCUAUGGAAGAAUUCAGCCAGUGACCUAGCGAAAUCGUUCACGCAGGGCGAGGCUGCAUACAGAACUUUCGCCCUCGACGAUGCAGACAACAUUAUUGGCAGGACUGUCACAUCGCUAGGACUCGACUUCUCCUCUGUUAUGAUCGUCGUCUUGAUCGAUGUGCGCAACGCAUUGGAGACGUUGGGUCGGCAUCGACUCAUUGGCAAAGACUUGAUGCUCAUGAUCGAGUUCGAGCAACACCUCAUCUGUAGCAUCAACAACGCCCUUCAAGAUUCGUCCCGCGGGCUAUCCGACCAGAUACUCAUGGCAGUCGCUCUUUGUGCUGCAUAUGAGGCCAAACAUGGUGACAACACGAGAUACGACAUACAUAUGACUGCGCUCGCACGGAUGAUCAACCUUCGGGGCGGCUUCCGUGAACUCGGCAAACACGACAUGUACAUAACUCGAUUUCUUGUCUGGGUUGACCUCAAUAUUUCUAAGAUCGCCGGACGGAUACCGUAUCUGCAGGACAUGUAUGCAGGCUUGGAGGCUACUACUCCAUGUGCUAACGUGCAGGUGUUCCGAGAACCGCUCGCGGAAGUGCCGGCUAAGUGA